CACCUUUCUGUCCGAGGGCAUGAGGGAUAUUUAGAUGUUAGUUGAGUGAGGAGAGCGACCUAGGCAAAUGAGCCCGUGAAGUGGGCUGUACCGCUCUCUACGUAACAGCGAGGGGAAGAUCUCCACAGCCCUCAGCUCACUGCGCUCCCAGCAUUUCUUCAGUCCGCCCAAACCGCCGCGCAACCUCCCACCCCUGAUUGGCGCACCAUUCGCCGGAGCGCUUGGUGAAAACUUCUGUCUGAGAACUGCAUGUUGACGACCUGUAGAUUUCCACCAUAAUGCUAGGAGCAGUGAAAAUGGAAGGACACGAAACUCCAGACUGGAGUAGUUAUUACACCGAUGCGCAAGAGGUGUACUCUCCCAUGACAAACAGCAGCAUGAACACUGGACUGAGCUCCAUGAACAGUAUGAACAGUUACAUGAGUAUGUCUACCAGUGGGAAUAUGACCUCUAGUUCCUUUAACAUGUCUUAUGCGAACCCUGCUCUAAGUGCUGGACUAAGCCCGGGGACUAUGGCAGGGAUGCAGUCGAGUGCAAGCAGCGCAAUGAAUGGAAUGAGUGGCGGGGUAUCAUCCAUGGGCACGGCACUCAGCCCCACCAACAUGAAUGCGAUUUCAGCCCAGCACAGCUCCAUGAAUGCACUGAACCCCUACUCAAGCAUCAGCCCCACUAUGAGCCCCAUGACAUACGCUCAGCCCAACCUCAACAGGGCACGGGACAACAAGACUUUCAGGAGAAGUUAUCCUCAUGCCAAGCCUCCAUACUCCUACAUCUCGCUCAUCACCAUGGCUAUCCAGCAGUCACCCAGCAAGAUGCUCACACUUAGUGAGAUCUACCAGUGGAUAAUGGAUCUUUUUCCAUACUACCGUCAAAACCAACAAAGGUGGCAGAACUCCAUCAGACACUCACUGUCUUUCAAUGACUGUUUUGUCAAAGUGUCUAGGUCGCCCGACAAGCCAGGAAAAGGCUCUUACUGGACCCUGCAUCCUGAUUCUGGGAAUAUGUUUGAGAAUGGCUGUUACCUACGUAGACAGAAGCGCUUCAAAUGUGACAGAAAGGUAGUAGGAAGUGGGAAAGGGCAAGAUGGGAGAAAAGACCAGAAUGGGUCAAGCUCGCCCUCGAGCGACAACUCAAACACAAAGACCGGGCACAUGGACUCCAACUCCAUAGCCAACGCAAACCAGUCCUCUAGCCCUCACAGCUUGGAGCACAGAAGCAGUACCACCAACUCUGAACUAAAGAGCAGCGGCCCACAGAUACACCCCGUGGCCAGCUCAGCCACAUCUCUCUCCUCUAUCCCUUUGCCCCCGCACUCUAUGGCCCAUGAGUCUCAGCUGCACCUAAAGGGAGACCCCCAUUACUCUUUCAACCACCCAUUUUCCAUCAAUAAUUUAAUGUCCUCCUCGGAGCAACAGCACAAACUGGACUUGAAAGCUUACGAACAAGCAUUGCAAUAUUCAUCUUAUGGCUCAGGUAUGUCUUCCAGCCUGCCUCUAGGCAGUGCUUCCAUGGCCGGGAGAGCCAGCAUGGACCCCUCUGCUUUAGAGGCGUCUUACUACCAAGGUGUGUAUUCAAGACCGGUUCUUAACACUUCUUAGUUGCUUCUUUUUUUGUUGUUGCUGUUCUUGUCAUUAUUUGCUGAACUCAGCCCUUGCUGACAGAUAAACUUUAUUUUAUUUUUGCAUGCACCCAGUGCAUAAAGGACUGUUACUUUAAAGUAUAAUAACGUGUAUGUGUAUAAUAAAAUAUUGUAAAGUGUUCCCCUGAAUGAUUGUAUAUCCCACCUAUAAAUCAUUGCUAGUGUAUUUAAGGCGAUUUUAAGCUUGUAAAAUAAUGUUGUAAUCCCCAAACUUGUAGACCCCUACCUACUAUGAUGUGUCCGUGUGUUACAAUGUGCACGAAUGAAGGUCAGUUAUGGUCUUGUGGAUCGCGCUGCAGGUAAACAAACAAAAAAAAAAGAAAAAGAAAAAAGGUGAAGCACCUCUCUGCUGCAGAUGUAUUUGGAUGUUGUCCUUUUACUCGUUCUUUUGGGUUUUAUUUACCUCGUUUGAGAAGAACAUUUCAAUCCCAAUUCUUGUACUGAAGUAAGUUAAUCAAACGUGGAAAUGCAUUACGAAUAAAACACGUAUUUCUUAAUCA